AUGAAAACAUAUAGCAUACAAGACAGACAUCAUCAACAGUACACAACGCGGGCCUACUUCACCAGCCGGCUGCUGCAGCAGACGUCAGCCGACGGCGAGGGGCGCUCGCGCUCCGUCAGCAAGGACGAGCUGAUGGAGCUGCUCUACCUCAACCUGCGGCACGAGAGCCAGCUGGCGGCCGCCUGCUACCUGCCCUCCUACUGCUGGCUCACCUGCGCCACGCUGCACUACCUGCACUACACCGACGACAAGGCGCCCAUCCGAACCCUCACCGGCAUCUACACCAGCUUCCUCAGGCUCAACUUUGGAGGGGAGGUGCUGAACGCUGGAAGUGCUGCUGGCGGCGUUGGCAGUGGUCCGUCCUCAGAGCAGCAGAAGUCCUUGAUGCUGUACGUGGUCCAGACGGUGGGGAAGCUGGCUUUCGACGGCGUCACCAAGAAGCGCGCGUCCUUCUCCGAGGAGGACCUGGAGAAGGGGAUGGGCGGCGGCGAGACCAAGACGGACGAGGAGCUCCAGAAGCUGGCCAUGUUCCGCACGGACGUCAUGGACUUCUUCCUGGUGCCGUGCGUGGAGAGCAAGCGCUUGUAUGACAGCGUCGAGAGCGACGACAAACACUAUGUCUUCGCUGUCCCUGCCAUGCAGGAGUACCUCGCCGCCCUCUAUGUGGUCCUUGGUGAGAACAAAACCGCUCUGGAGAAACUCACUAAGCAGGUGUCAGCCACACUCGGCCAAGCCGGGGAGGACGUCACUACGCUCUUCAGCAUCCUCUCCAAGUUCAUACCCUUCAAGAUCUUUGCGGUGUUCAACCUCCUGAAGCUCUUUCCCAGCCUGGUGGAGAGGAUCAGCAGGAACAGUAAAGGGCACAUCGCCCGGACCAUGGCGGCCGAGAUGUUCCGGUCUGAGGACUGCUUCAAUGAGGAUGUGCUGGACCAGGUGGAGCAAAGCCUUCUGGGAGUGCAUGGGCCGCACCCGGAGGAGCACCUGGACGAGCGCGCCUUCGAGCUCUACCCCAUCUUCAUGGGCGGCCUCCUUCACUACGGCAACCGCCGCCUUCUGGAGCAAUUGGGCUGCACCAUCAAGAGCGAGACGGUCUCCCAGAUCACGAAAUCGCUCAAAAAACAGCUGGUGCGCGCCGGCCGGAACAAGCUUCCCCCCGAGGAGACCAUGGACCUCCUGACCCUCCUCUACGAGUUCCAGAACCCACGCGUCACCGCCGAGGUGAUGCAGUCCGUGCGGGCCGUCGACCUCUCCACGGUGCGCAUGACGCCGCUCAAGUGCUUCGUGCUGAGCUGGGUGCUGAACUGCUGCCCCCAGGGCUUCCUGCUGGAUGAGCUGAACCUGUCGUCCUGCAGCCUCAACCAGGAGCUGCUGCACCUGCUCUGGCCCGCCUUCAGACACGCGCGCAACCUCACAUUAUGCGAUAACGACCUCCUGGAUGAGGGGGUGCGGGCGCUGAUGGACAGCCUGCCCGAGAACCAGAGCCUGGAGCACCUGUCCCUGAUGCACGUGGGCCUGGGCGACGCGGUCGCCUUGGAGCUAGCCGAGCAGCUGGCCAAUAUCACGGGGCUGCUGGAGCUCAACGUGGCCUAUAACAACAUCGGGGACAGCACAGCCGUGGCUCUGGUCAACGCCUGCCGGGAACACCCCACCAUACACACAGUGCACCUAUACCUGAACCAGCUGACAGAGGCGGGCAAGCAGUCCCUGUACGAGCUUCAGCAGGGGGGCUCGGGGCGGCGCGUGCGUGCCCUGGCCUCCGUCAUGGAGGGCUCGGACGUCUCGGAGGACUGGAGGCCCAUCCUCAGCAUCAUCGCCAAGAACUCCAUCUCCUGGGAGAGGGAACGCGUGCGGGAACAGCUGCAGGUGUUCCUGAGAGAGCUGGAGUGGGGGCGUCUGCAGCAGAGGAGCCUCUGGAAGAGGCUUCACUUGCGCCGGGUGGAGAGCGGAGUCAAGCACACCCUCCUCAUGCUGGACAAGGCCAGUGCUAUCGGGUCGCCACCCAAAAAUAACAAACCAUCUCUGGGCAAGCUGUGGCCUACUAGUUAGGUAGCCCAGUCAAAUGUCAUGCACAUCUGUUUUUGUUUAGCUGGAUGCUGGGUCAAAAGGUAAAGUUCUGUGUCAGGCAAGGAUGAGCCGCACACCUUUUUAAGCCAUUUUUACUUUUGGAAUGUUUCGGGCCACCAUGGUUGGGCCUAAGGGUUUGCAGGUUCAAAUCUUCCGGACAGCAGCACUAACAAGCCAUUGUUUAUAACAUCAAGCCAUUAUAAAGCAUUAGCUUAGCAUCAAGCCAUUAUAAAGCAUUAGCUUAGCAUCAAGCUAUUUUAAAGCAUCUAACUUAGCAAUGGAAUUGAAGGGUUAUGGGCUUGAAUACGAAGCCCAUUGGAACUAGGCCCAGUAGUAACUAAACACUGACAGUAUAUCGCCAAUAACUUAAGCAAAGAGAGGCAAACAUCUUGGGUUAAUAUAAUUAACAAACCAGCAGUGGUGAAACUAUGCUGCCCCUAGAUAUUGUAGUUACUGCAAAUUUACAUAUCAAUAUGUAGUCACUGCAUUUUUCCUUUUGUAGACCAAUAUGGCCUACGUAGUGCUGUUGGGUCUGGAGAGACAUUAAACAUUAUAUCACGAAUAGCCAUAAAAUGCAGAGAUGGACAGGUUAGGUGUGGCCCAGCAAUAAUUAACACUACGUCAAAGAUAACCAUCAAGCAGAAGAGGAUCUAUUGAGUGCCAGUCUAUGUGUACUAAUAACUGACUGACAUCAGGCUUCAUCCCUGCUGUAUCGUAUCAUCAUUGGGAAACCCUGUAGCCUACUUGGGAGUUCAUCUUGGGACAGGAUGGUUGUACGAAAGUUACGGACGAAUGCUCUUGCUGCACCUGCAACAGUGCUAUCAGGUCUGGGCCCAGCAGUAACUAAACAUUUUAUCGUAAAGGCAUUAUCAUCAAGCAGAGAUAGACAUGCCUCACGACACGAGCAAUUGCCCAGUCGGCCCGCCCCUUGGCCCGCCCCUGCUGCGAAUGCUCGAAUGUAUUGAAUCAAAAGAUGUCUUGACGUCACGAGAACACAAAAGCCCAUUAGCAUGCGGGUAAUAAUUAAUGAAGUUAGCUGUGACGAGCAGAAGGAAUACCCAGCAGGCAUGUGGACUUUUUCAAGACAGUUUGUCCGCCUCUGUUGUCAAGAAACAUAUGCAAUAGGGACAUCAAAGCACUCGCAUUUAAAGAAAAUUCAAAAGCCUUUCUUUUAUUGCAGUGGCUUUCUAUAGUUUUUAUAAAAUGGCAGUGCCUGGGAGAGAGUGCCUUGCUGCUUAAAGCAUCUCUUACAAACUUUUGUACGAGCACUUAACACUCAACAAACAUUUUGUGAAUAGCUGACUUGACUUGAAUGGUGGGAAUGGCUGUGGGAUGUAGUGGAAUAUAUUGGAAUUUCAUAACAUAGUUUUGUGGAUUUAGCAUGUUGCUUCAUUAGGUGCUACAGUGUACUAUUGUUACUGUCUUCCAUGAACUCUCUACUUGCACGUUGCACAAUUCUGUAUCUGGCUUACCAGUUACGGGUACCAGUCCCUACCGUGACUAUUAACUGAGAACCUUUCGAUGAACUGCCAUUGUGGUGUGAGAUGUAGCACUGCCUAGCAGUCAGCAAUAUGCGCCUGCCGUGUCGGGAUCAAAUUCCAUUGCACCCAUUCUGUCUUGCAAAGCAAAAAGGCAGUAACUGCACAGAGCUCCAAACUGAGUCAAAUGACUUUAAAAUGAUACUUUAACCCAGUAGGUUUGUGUAGAUUAUUACAUGUGUCCAUUUUGUUACUUUAUAUUACCACAUUCUUUGCAGAUUUACUAUUUUAUUUAACUUUUAUAUAUAGUAAGUAAUUAUAGUCACAGUAACUCAUUUUCAACAACAGUGCAGUUUCUGCCUUUUUGCUUUGUAGGGAAGUGUUGUCGCCUAUGGAAAGUGUUACAAACAUUGAUGCUAUAGUAUUUGGUCGGUUGCAUUUCAGCAUGUACUGUAUUUGGUUCGGUGGGAUCUUGGAUGUGAACAUUUCCAUUUAGUUGGAUGUCUAACAUGAUAUGUCUGGUGUUUUAAACUAGGAGUUAUGGUAUUUGAUGUAAAAUGAUUAUAAUGAAAAGGGAACCGUUUGACAGAUUUUUAUGAGAUGCCAAAUCUCUCAGAUGUUAAAUUAAAUUGAUUUGAUUUAUUUGAAAGUGGUAUUGAAGAAUAAAGCCAAAAUAUAAAAUGA